CACUACAGACACCAAUGAUAAUCAGAUUUUAAUUAAUACUCCAAAAGUUUUCGGCAUUCACUUCAGUAGCUUAAGUGAUUUUACUGUGACAGCAACAAUUUUAUCCAGAGAGGCGAAACAAAAAACUUUAGGAUGAAAUUGUUGGUCUUGUUAACGCUGGCAGCGCUGGCGAUGGGUGCACCCAAAGAUGGAGUCGGAAAACAACAAGUGUUCGAAAUGGAAUAUUCCGAUGUAUCCAUCGACGCGACUAGUGACAAUCGAAACCUCCUGGUGAAUGCUCUGAUUCGUCAAUUUUUCGCGUUCAUCCGUAACAUCAUCAACAAUGGCUGGCCUCUGUUCGGUAUACCAGUCCUGGAUCCUCUAAACUUAAAAGAGUUCCACUUACAAGUCCCUGCUGAACUUUUAAACCUGGAUUUAGAUCUCAAGAACGUGCUUGUAAAAGGACUUGGACAAUUUAUUGUGCACAGAAGCAAUUUGAAUUUACGCCAACUAUCCUUUGACAUUGACAUCUCGUUCCCAGUUAUCCACGCUGAAGCUGAACAGUACGAUUUAGUUGGUGAUAUGUUUACUGCUAUUCCUUUGUAUGGAAAGGGCGGAGCUGUGUUCAAUGCUGACGGCUUCAGAUUCCACGCUAAGCUUUUCCUGAAGCAAUCAGAAGAUGGCCAAUCAGUUCUCAUCGACAGAGUUGAGAACGCUGGAUUCCUAUUUCCUCAAUUGAAGUCGGACAUCUCCGGAGCGAUCGGCGGCGGCGACAUCGACUACAUCGUGAACGCCAUGAUCGAGGAGGUUAUAUUUGACUACGUGAACAGGUUCCGUGGGGCCAUCUCUAAUACGGUCGCCUCGGCUAUCCCACCCCUCCUAAACCCCUUCCUUAACCAGCUUGACACCUGGAGGUUCAUUGCAGUCCUGCUCCCUCGUAACUAAACUACUGGUAUAACAAUAUGAACUUUAUUGAUCAUGAUUUAAAUUCCGUGUUCAAAUUUACCGUGGAUCGUGAUGUAAUAAAGAGAACGUUGUUUUGUUAAAUAAUAUGUGGCCAAUUAAAUAUUUUUGUACAUACUCAUGA